AUGAAAGCGGUUGACUUUGAAGAUAAUGAAGGGGAUAGAGAUCACUUGUUUUGUGAAUGGGCAGAAGGUUUUGAUACAGUAGAUGAUCUGCGACAGGAUAUCGAAGAAAUCUGGGAGAAAUUUAUAUCGAGGAAGAUAACCUUUUUAAUAUGGGUUUGCAAGAUUGCCCAAAAAUCGAAGCUACUUCUCAAGAUAGAUCGCAAAGUGAUGAGUUAUCUUCAGACAAUAUAUCCAAAACAAUGGAAUCCGAUUGUGAAGUUGGAGGGCUAUUCGAGUCUGAAGAGGAAGAAGAACAACUUAUAA